CAGUCGGGGCGGGAGGUGUUGCGUUGUCGGGACAUGGCUGCGCGGCGGACACCGCUGCUCAUGGAUGUGCAGACCACCAACAACAUGUUGGGCAAAGUUGGCCACAGCGCGUCUCACCAUCCCCGCUGCGGAAGACGACCAGGACGAGCCUCUUGAGCACGGCCGUGCUGCGGGCGUUGGAUUUCCCAGAAUAUUAUCUUAUCGCGCCUGCCAGUCUCGAAAGCCAAAAUAUCGUCGAUUGGAUUUACGCCGUCGGCGGAGCUGAGAGAACAGGACCACCAGGCAGGAUCCCAAGCUACAAUGUCGGCCGCGCAGGAUGAAUUCAACGAGCUGAUGCGCGACAAGGAGCGCAGGACCACGCACCCCGAAGACAGCCACGACGAUGCACGAUCCUUCCUGAACUUGUCGGACGAUUCCGACAACGAUGCAACACCGCCCGCUUCCAGUGUCGAGCGAUCGCGGACACCGCUGGGCACAGCGCGAAGCACCAUUCCCACGAAGCGAUAUGGCGCCAACACUGGGCCCAAGGGCGUUAUCUCAGACGCCCAGAACUUUCAAGACUCUCGAAGAUCGCAACGGGCAUCCAUGAGGAGUAUCUCUAGCCUGGCUGCGCAAGCCCAGUCAUUGUCCGUACAACAACAAGCGCCUGCCGAGAAAAUUGAAGAGGACGAGGAGUUGGAUCUUGACGACGAUGAGGACGACAGUUUUAUGAAACAAUGGAGACAGAGCAGAUUGAAGGAGAUGCAGAACGGCGUCAAAGGGAGCCAGAUGCACCACAACGGCAAUACCACGAGACUGUUUGGCAGCUUGACCAUGGUUGAUCCUGAUGGAUACCUGGACGCUGUGGAGAAAUCUGGACCGGACGUUGUGGUCAUCGUCUACAUUUUCGACGAUUACUCGGAAGUCAGCGACCUGUGUGAGCGAUGCGUUCGAACACUCGCGGCCAAGCACCAGGACACUCGUUUCGUCAAACUACACAUCGAGGACGCACAGAUGGAACCCAUGGGAGUGCCUGCGAUCAUUGCAUAUCGCAAUGGCGACAAAUUUGCGGAUCUGGUGCCUCUGAUCAACGAGCUUCCAGAUGACGCCGAGCUUAAUGCCAUAACACUGGAAAAUGUGUUCAAGAGACAUCAAAUCCUGUCUUGAACAGUCCAGAUUGGAACACCAACUGGCUCAAAUACAUGGCAAGCGGUCACAGUAUUCUCGUAGCAAUGCAUCAUGCUUGCCCACGAUCGCUCCAACGAUACAUCGCUCUCAUCCCUCGCUGGCACCUCUGGACAAGGAUCAAUAGCUUCAAUGGCGCAGCAGUCGCCUUAGCUAGGCGAGGUUGGGAUGGCCCUGGACGCGCACAUGGCUUUCGUAUCGCAGUAGUUGGCCAUACAACAAACACGUCUUGUCUGUUCGCGCGCAGUGGCACAUGUCCUGAGACAACCUGUAGGCUCCUGCUGGGUCCACGACUCUAUUUUGGCAUCACUCCAGACUUGUACCCGGAACACCUUCCCGAAUGCUCAGAUCACCAGCAGGCCAUACGAGCACGAAUACGCGC